AUGCCAUCCUCUUCUCGCAAGAACCUGGUGAUCAAAAAGACCACCAAGAACAGGCAAAUGAUCAAGAAAGGCUUGGAUCUCAGCCGCUGCAUUGGUUUGAAGCCCGGCGAUCUCGAUUGCGUCUUGGGCCGUGGUGGAGAAUCCAACCACCACGUGGGAACCAAGCACUUCCGAGCCUUGGUCGACUCCAGAAAGCAAGACUUUGCCAAGGCCAUCACCAACCGGGAAAAGGCCGAUGUUGUCUGGGGCUGCAUUGCUUCGCACAAGGCGAAUGGUGGAAGAAUUGUGGGCAAAUGGGAAGGUUCCUACUACGAGGCCACAGCUGACAAGCAGUACAACAAGGUCAUUCAACGCCUGAGGGAGCGUAAAAAGCACCCCAACGCAAUUACCAAGGAGCAGUGCCAACCACCACCAAGUACCAUAUGCGUUCCAGUGGUUGACAUGAGUGCUAUCCUCAGCAACGAGACACUCGCAGGAUGGCUGGACUCUUUUGAAAAGCCGUUCUUCCCGGUUGUGGAGGACGAAUUUAGCUUCCUGGACGGUCGCGAGGCGGUUGACACAGGGGGGAGUUCAGGGACUGACCUCGACCUUACCCUUGCUGACCUUUCUCUUGCUGAGCCUGCAGCCCCUUCUGUUCUGGACGCUUUUCAGGCAGAGUUUGAGUACCCGAUGGAGUAG